UUCGUGCCUAGCACAUUUCUGGACAGCGCAGCAGCAUCGGCGGCUGCAGCCGGUGAGAGCAGCCCAACAACGCAGCGGUGAGAGACGCAGAUAUGCUCGAACAACGUGUGUAGACACCUGAAGUUACCGUCGCCGCCUUCGAGUCUCCCUACAAGUCUCCGUGCUCAGGGCGCGACACAACCAACCCGAAUUGCCGUCGUGCUCGUGCUGGUCAGCGCUUGGGCGGCGGCUUCAAUGGUGCCAUCAUCUCCUCCCGCUCCGUGCGCGCGCCAUGUUGCUCUUGGGCAGGCCGGCCGGAGAGCUCGGGAACGCGUUCCGCAUGCAACUCUGAUCGAACAUGGGAAUCCGAGUCUGGAUCCAAAGCGCUUCGCCGUUCCCCUGCCCCCCAGAACUAGAAGCUCUGUUCAGCCUGCAGAUCGACCCGAUGGCCACGACGAAGCGAUCUGCUGCCGCCGUCGACGGCCACGCCGACCGGCCGGGAGCAGCCUGCGUCAAGAAGAGGCGCGUCAGCACCACCGGGGACUACGAUCACGAGUCCUGCCUGGGCGAGGGCAUGUACGGCGUCGUCGACAAAAGGCGGCACCGUGCCACCGGCGAAGCCGUCGCCAUCAAGUCCUUCCGCAACCCCUACAACAAGGACGAGCCCGUCGACGCCGAGGAGGUGCUGCGGGAGGCCCGGUUCCUCGAGGCGUGCGGCGGCCACCCUCACAUCGUCGGCUUCCGUGGCGUCGUUCAGGACUACGUCACAAACGAGCUCUGCCUCGUCAUGGAGUACGUCCAAGGGAAGAGCCUCUACUGCCAUCUGAGGGAGAGGCGCGGCGGGCUCCCGGAGGCCACGGUGCGGGACUUCAUGUGGCAGCUCCUGACGGCGGCCACCAAGAUGCACCGGUGCCAAGUCGUCCACCGGGACAUCAAGCCGGCAAACAUAAUCGUCGGAGAAGGAGGAGUGCUAAAGCUCUGCGACUUCGGGGUCGCCUUGUCCAUGUCCGAGGCGCCGCCGUACAGGCAGGCCGGCACGGGGAUGUACCGGGCGCCCGAGAUGCUCCUGGGAAAGCGGGACUACGACGCGCUGGUGGACAUGUGGUCGCUUGGGUGCGUCAUGGCGGAGACCAUCACCGGCCAGGGGCUGUUCGACGAGGACAAUUCGAUAUGUCUUAUCAGAAGGAUCUUUGAGGUGGUCGGAAUGCAGGACGACACAACCUGGCCGUGGUUCAUGUCCCUGCCGUUAGCGGAGGAGGUGCCACAGGUGCAGACGAACACGCUGCGAGAGCUGUUCCCGGAGGAGACGCUGUCCAAGGACGGGUUUGAGGUCCUGAGCGGCCUUCUCGCGUGCAAUCCCGACAAGCGGCUGACGGCGGCCGCCGCGCUCAAGUUGCCCUGGUUCACCACCAUUGCUGCAAACGCCCGUCCUCUCGCUUCUCGUCCUGCGGCCGCUACGGCGACGGUGUCCGUCAAGGUGGAGGAAGUAGAGAUCGUUCCGUCAACGCUACCCAGGAAGAAAGUGACCGCAAAGAAAUAUGUGUCACUGUUUGUAAAAAGAUAGAUUGUCUAUGUAUGUAUUUACGUUUGAUAAAUCUCAAGUACCUGAAAGCUUGAAA